AUGGGCGAGCUCAAGCGCCCGACCACGCGCGUGCACGCGCCUCCUGGCGGCGGCUCCAGCUGGAGCUUCGGAGACGACUCGGCGCCCGCCCCCACGGGCCGCAAGCGCUUCAACCAGCCGCAGGCGCAGACGGAGUCGGAGCAGCAGCCAGACGCCAAGAUGGAGUCGCCACGCGCGUCGCCGCCUCCCGCUCCCGUGCAGACCCAGCCUCAGACUCAGACUCAGACUGCUGCUCCUCAGCCCACCGGAGCCGUGCGCGUGGCGCUGCUUAAGACCAGCAGCGACGCGGAGAUCGUGGACGCGGCGGUGCAGAACUGUCUGGCCAAGCUGCAGACGGAGGCGGUGAGCGCCGAGACGUUCACGGUGGCGUCGCUGGAGCAGCUGCCCUACGCGGCCAACAAGCUCACGGAGCUCGGAGGCUUCGACGGUGUCAUCUGCUUCGGCUUCCUGGGCACGCAGGACCCGCAGUUCGCGGCGCUCAGCACGGCGUUGACGCAGAGCCUCAUCAAGAUCAGCGUCAAGAACGUGCGCCCCGUGGUGCAGGCUGUGUUCAUCGGUGAGCCGCGCGUGGCCUCUGUGAAGGUCCGCGGUGGAUGGGGAGCCGAGUUCGCCGAGGGUGUCGUGCCGCUCAUCAACUUGGGCGGAUUUGUGGGUCCCAUUGCCCACCCGGCGUCUGGCACGCCCGUGAAGAAGCACUUCGAGGUCAGUCGGGGCAAUGUCCUGCCCGCCAAGCUGCUGCGCGGAUCCAAGACGGUGCUGCAGUCGCUGGAGAUCUUGAGGGACUCGCUGUACGAGCACGGAGCCAAGGGCAUUCGCGGACUGGGACGCAAGUUCCGGAUCAUCGACGACGACGGCAACCGCUCGCUGAGUCUGGACGAGUUCAGCAAGGCCAUCAAGGAGCACGCGCUGGAGCUCAGCGAGAAGGAGGUGGAGGAGCUGUUCCACUUCAUCGACACGAACAACUCGGGAGGCGUGGACUUCGACGAGUUCCUGCUGGCUGUGCGUGGCGAGCUCAACGAGCGCCGCACGCAGCUGGUUCUGGCGGCGUUCAGGAUCCUCGACGCGGAUGGAAGCGGCGUCGUGGACCUCAACGACAUCAAGGUCAAGUACAGCGCCAAGGAGCACCCCGAUGUGCUGCAGGGCCGCAAGACCGAGGACGAGGUGCUGCGCGAGUUCCUGGACACGUUCGAUGGCGGCGAGAAGGACGGCAAGGUGCACCCGAGCGAGUUCGUGCGCUACUACGCCAACGUGAGCGCGUCCAUCGACGACGACGACUACUUCGAGCUCGUGAUCCGCAACGCCUGGCACAUCAGUGGCGGCGAGGGCUGGUCGGCCAACACUACAUGCCGCCGCGUGCUCGUGAAGCACGCCGACGGCUCGCACACGAUCGAGGAGGUGAAGGACGACAUCGGUAUCACCGCUGGAAACGUGGAGGCCAUCCGCGCCAACUUCCAGGCACAGGGCAUCGACGACAUCCAGUCUGUGAGCACCGUCGGCAACGUUCAGUCCGAGAGCGACGCGAACAAGCGCUCGAACGACAGCUUCCACCCGCAGGUGGCACGGAAGAAGCAGCACGGCGCCGGCGCAAGCUCCAUCAUCUUUGGCUAG